CUCGUAUGUAACUCUCAGGUAUAUUAUGCAUAUUUCUUCUGUGUAGGCACGAUUCUGCUAAUUCCCUCUCUCCAAAUUUAAUGUUGGUGACAUAUUUGAAAUUGAAAUGAAUUGCUGAUUAAGAGAUUUAAAGCAGUGAGAGAUAAUGGAAGAUGUUGUGACUGAUACAGCUGCUCCAGAGUCACCAUUGGCAAAGUGGAGAAACGAAGUCUCGAGGAAGUUUCAGCAUUAUUUGGAGAGGUCGAGUCCCCAUACGGCUCGUAGGUGGCUCGUUACACUUGCUGCUGCAGCUAUCUACAUCUUGCGCGUUUAUUAUGCUCGGGGGUUUUACGUCAUCUCAUAUGGCCUGUCAAUCUACAUCUUGAACUUGUUGAUCGGCUUUUUGUCGCCCAAGGUUGAUCCUGAGCUAGAACUGCUGGAUGGCCCCUCUUCGCCUACUAAACACUCGGAGGAGUUCAGGCCCUUUGUCCGUCGCUUGCCUGAAUUUUUGUUCUGGUAUGCAAUCACAAAAGCUUUUUGUGUCGCGUUCCUCUUAACCUUCUUCUCCAUGUUCGACGUCCCGGUUUUCUGGCCCAUUUUGUUCUUUUACUGGUUUUUCCUAUUCUUCCUCACAAUGAAGAGGCAAAUCACACAUAUGAUCAAGUACGGAUAUCUGCCAUUCAGCUGGGGAAAGCAGAGGUACAGUGGGAAAAGGUUUUCUCAAAGCACAAGUGGUUCUUCAAAUGACUGAGUUCAUGUGCAGAAUAUAUACCAAUGGUGAAACUUUUGACUUGAAGAUUUGUAUGAAGAACUCUAGCUAAAUAGUUGUAGAUUUGGACAAUUAAUAGUUGUAUAACCAUGUUUAUAUGUGUAGUAAUAUGUUGGGAUAUAAUGGGAUUACAUAGUUGAUAUAGAAUCUAUGUUUUAAGUA